AUGGCAGUUGACCCCAACAUCGUAGCCAUCUUUGGUCCACCGCCGCAAGGGCUGGACCUUGAGAGGAAUGUCAUCACCACCUACAAUGUUGUCGUUUGUGUUGUUCUCGGUAUCGCUGUCACAGUUGUCGCGUUGCGGUUUUACGUGAGGAACAUGAAGUCGGCGAACAUCGAGAUGGAUGAUUGGGCUGUGUUGGUCAGCCUGUUUUGUGCUUCAGCUACUGUCGCUAUGACAAUAUUGGCGGGAGAGCAUGGCUCUGGAGCUCAUGUUUGGUCAAUCAAGCUCACCACUCUCGUCGACGUCUUCAAGGUGCACCCACUACCAAAGCUCUGCCAAUUCGACGCUUACCAAACUCAGAUUGUCUACGCCGAACCCUUCGUAUACGCCCUCGCCGUCACAUCCGUCAAAAUCAGCAUCCUCCUCCUGUAUCGCCGCCUCUUCCCCCUCGGCAUCGACAAAAACCGACUGUACACAAUAAUGUUCUGGAUAGCGACCUUUUUAACGACCGUCUACCCAUUUAUCCUCUGGAUCACCAUGCCUUUCGCCUGUAAACCCGUCAGUCAUUUCUGGAAUCAGUAUCUUGGCGCUAAGGGCAAAUGUAUCGAGGUCAAAUUGUUCUUCCUUGUUCUUGGAAUCAUGAACAUGAUGAACGAUAUCAUCAUUCUGACGGUUCCGAUACCGAGAAUUUGGACACUUCAUAUGAACAAUAAGACCAAGAUUUCUAUCAUUUGCAUCAUGCUUCUUGGCAGCUUUGUCUGUGUCGCCAGUAUCGCGCGAAUCUACUACCUCUGGGGCUUCUUCCAAAACCUCGACGCGACAUGGUGGAUGGGCCCAUCAUUCGCGUGGUCCAGCCUCGAGCCCUCCGUUGCAGUAAUAUCAGCUUGUCUCCCCACACUAGCACCAUUAUUUCGCAUCAAGCGCAUUAAUUCUACUUCACGUGGUACACCAUCAGGACCAACUGAUCUAUCCAAAUCUGGUUCAAAACACUUCCAACUCUUCAGUGUGAACAGGACGAAAGGAGGUGCUUUCGGUAGUGAUGAUGAUGAGGUCGAAUUGACAUACGAUGUUGGGAGAGGAGGAACCGGUGAUGGGUCAAUUUGGAAGAAUCAGGGGGGCUCGGCUGCUGAACAAGGGAUUGUUGUCCAGACGCAGGUUUCGGUGACGCAUCAAGACAGGAAAGGCCGUACUAGCACUGAUUAG